CUAUCGCACUUGCUCACUCACGAGUCACAUGACACGUCACAUUAUUUGAAGAUAAUAACAUUAGCUUAUUGUGUUUGAUAUUUACGUUUGUUUAGUUUAUAGCUUUUUUGUGUUAGCAUAGACCUAUUGUGUUAUUUAUUGCGAAAGGACGCUUUGUGUGUAAAAGAACUAUUGAGUAUUGCGAAAAGACGCUACUGUUUUUUAAACACUCAAAAUGCCAAAAUACAAGAAAAUUGUGCGACAAGGACGUGCAAAAGUAGCAAAGAUGAUUGAAGCUCGCCGGGCUAAAAGAAAUAGACAAAAUAGUGACGAAACGCCAACCACUUCUAAAGAUGCUCAACAAAAUUACUUUGAUAGCAGGUUAAAAGAUAACCAAAGUGAUGAACAACCACCAAUAAUGGAUAUUUCUAAUAUACAACCUAUGGAAAUAAGCAAUAAUGAUUUACGAGAGGACUUUGCAGGAGAUUUCACGGAAACUGAAAUCACUGAAGAAACCAAUAAAAACAUUGUAGAGUUUCAAAUUUCGUAUGAAAAGGAAGCAGAAAAUAAAGAAAAAAUAAUACACAGAAGAAUUAUUGAUGAUGCUAUUCAAGCUAAAAAAGCAGAGGAAGAGAGAAUAUUACGAGAAGCCCAACUUGCUAAACAAAAAGCACAUGAAGCUGAGAAAGCAAAACUAGAAGCGGCCAGAGCAGAAAGGGAACUUCAGAAGAAAAGUUUAAGGAAAGAGAAAAAGUCACUAAGAGAUCUGUGUAAAUUAAAUAAAUACUAA